UAUUACACAAUCGUAACAAUAUCAACUACUUCCUCUUUUCCUAAAUUACAUUCCUCUUUCUAGCAUUUAUUCCUCACAUAAUAGAGAGAAAGAGGAAUGUAAUUUAUGGACGGGGGGAAUAGCUAAUAAGCUCAUUUACAACAAGGCAAUUAGUAAUCACCAACAAAAACAUCAACUAUCAUUUUCAUCAUUACCAUAAGUCAAUAAUUAAACUCUUGAAAAACCCCCUUAUAAUAUUCAAACACCAAUCUCUAGACAAUUACAAACAUCCUUUUCAUUAACACAUACUCAACUUACAUAACUCUAUGUGUUAAAUUAAUGUUAAACAACCAUCCAUUUAAAAAAAAAAAAAAAAAAAAAAGAAAUAUUAUGAAAUAAUAGAAGCAGUACUAUAACAUAGAAUUAGGCCAUAGACCUAGACACACUAGGGUAAGGCCUUGUCACUCUCAUUCCCUUCCUAAUGGACCCUAACCCAAAUGACACUUAUUUAAAACACACCCUUUUACUUCUUCUCCCCUUCAUUUCCCCUUUUUAAAGUCACGAGACCCACCCUUUAUGUCUCUUCUUGCCAUCAAUUUUAUGUGAGUGAGAAAAUGAGUAUUCAGCUGACUGCCAGAGUGAACUGAAAGAAAUUUUACAAAAUCUUUCAAUUAUUUUUUUAAUUUUUUCUUCUUCAUUCACUACCUUCAAACUACAACUACAAGUUAGUUUCAAACUCCAAGUUUAUUAGUCACUCAAUUCACUCUUAGCUUCUUUCUUCGUUUACUACUACUACUGUUCCCAUCCAUGAGGCCAGAGGGGAGCCCAUUGGACCUAAAUUAUUUGCCGGAGGAUUUCACUAGAGAUGGCAAACAAUUGUAUGAAGACACUUCUACUUCUGGGCAUAAGAAAAAGAAGAACAAAGAUGAAAGUGGGAAGGUGUAUGAGUGUAGGUUUUGCUCCCUCAAGUUCUGCAAAUCUCAAGCCCUUGGUGGUCACAUGAACCGCCACCGCCAAGAGAGAGAGACAGAAACGCUAAACAAGGCUCGGCAACUGGUGUAUAGCUCUGAUAACGCUCCCCUUCCGGUUCCUCACCAUCCUCACACCCACUUAGGGUCUUAUGUGUCACCAAGUGCAAUGUAUCACCAACCACCACCACCUCCACCACAACAAGUCUACCCAACAAGACCAAUAAUGCUCUCCGGUAGCGCGUCAUCGACAAUGCUACAACCACCACAACAAUAUCAUCACCAUCAGCAACAACCAUGCUUGUACACCACAACGCCACCGCCACGUAUACUUCCAUCAGGGGACUAUUACAUGGCACACGGUCAUGCACUCACCGGAUCAUCCCCUACAAACUACACUUGCAUCGGAGCACCAGUAAGCAUACCAGGAUUCACCGGACCACCAGGCGGGCGCGACGGUCUAGACCAAGAAGAUGAAUUAACAAGUCCAUAUUAAUUAAAAAUUAACCAUGCAUUUUAAUAUAACCCUCUUAAUUAAGAUUAGUGAGGGCCAUGCAAAAAAAGGGGUUUGAUAAAUGACAGUUUUUUUAAUGAUAAAAAAAUAUAAGGGUAGGUUUUGGAAGUAUUGGAAAAAAGUAGGGUUGAAAUCACAAAGAGUUGCAGUGUCUCUCUUUCAGAAGAGGAGCAGUAAACAGAAGGAGGGCAGAGGAGAGAGAAUAAGGGAUAGUUUGUUUGGUAGGGAAUUGGAGGUUUAUGGAAAGGAGGGAAUUGAACUCAACUGAAACAAAACAUAAAGAAACUAGAGUUUGUGUUAUUGCAGGUAAGCAACCAGUUGGAUAUGAACUGAAUGUUUCCUAUUCUAACUCCUCUUCUUCCUUUCUUGUUACCUACUGUUUCUCUUAUUAUACUUUUUUUUUUCACUCUCUCAUUUAUUAUUAUUUUUUUUGUUUUGCAUGGCUAUUUUAGGAGAUAAUUAUUGCUCUAUUUUUUGCUUUAUUCACCACAAGUAUUGCUAAAGUGUGUGAUUCAAUCCCAUUUGCAUCAUUAUGGAUUAUCCUCUAAUUGAUUUCAGAGUUUCACAUUCGUUUUCAAAUCCUAGGUAGGGAGCCAAAAUGAAUUAAUGAAUGAAUGUAACAAGGUAACCAAACUUUCGUCUACGGGAACAUUUUUUAAACUAUUCAAACACUUAUUUAAAUUACAUUUUUCUCAAAAAAAGAAUAAUAAAAUAAAUAAAAUAAAAUUACUGAUAUUUGCCUAGGAAAGAAUAUCCUGAAGUAUUGUUGGGUCUUGUUGAAUUCAU